AAGCAAAACGGAAGUGAGACGAACAUCAUCUCAUCUUGAACCAUGCUUGAAUGGAGGUGACCUUAGUUAUCUCCAAAUAGUAAAGUGCACACCUACGGUACAUCGCGUUAUUGGGGUCUGGUUUAGAUGAUAACCAAUCUUGAAUUUAUCAGAAGACUUUUGGUGAAGUAGCAGACCGGACAGAGAUGGCAGAAGCUCAUCAGGCUCGCAUGCAGAAUGCUGUAGAAGAAAUGGUCCAAAGCCUGGAGAGGGACCAUAUCCGUAAGAUGCAGGGUCGCAUGUUCAGCUGCAGUGCAGAUUGCUGUGAUCGUCCAUCGGACUCCAUGUCUCAGGUCCAUCAGUGCAUCGAGAGGUGUCACACUCCUCUGGCCCAAGCUCAGGGACUGGUCACCUCAGAGCUGGAGAAGUUUCAGGACCGUCUGACCAGAUGCACGAUGCACUGCAACGAUAAAGCGAAGGAUCUCUUUGACUCGGGCGCUAAGGAACCAGCCGUUCGAUCGUUGAUGGAUCGAUGUGUGGGCAGCUGUGUGGACGAUCACAUCAACCUGAUCCCCAGCAUGACCCGCAGACUCAAAGAGAACUUGGACUCUAUAGCUCAGUGAGGACAGCUGUGGCCUGUCGUGGAGGCAGCUUUCGCUCCUUACGCUCACAUUAAGCAGCACGGGGUUAAUAAGCUCAGCCACUCUGACCAGAUCACAAGUGAAGACGAGAGGGCCGAGACACCACAGAGGGAUGGGGGAGUGAAGUUUAAAACAGUUCAUGUAACAAAGAAAAAAAGAGGGAUUUUACAAGUUUAAGAGGCUCUGGUGCUGAAUGUUGUUAUAAUGUAAAGAGCGUUGUGAAAUCUGUACCGUGUGAUCUACAGUUUCCUCCCUGGGAUAGAAAAGUUUGAUAGAGCUUGUUUAUCUGCCUCAAGAAGGAAACAAAGGAACUCAUCUGGUGUCAAAUCAUUGUUUGUGGAACUCAAAGAGCUGUAAGGGAACUUAUUAAAGUCAGCAUAAGUGCAUAUUUAAGCAGCAGUUUUUUAAAAAAAAAUGUACAACAGUUGAAAUGAUUCACAUCUAUCUGUGUGGCAAAGUUAGACAUCAACUCUUCUCAGCUGUGUUUAAUCUGAAGUUUCUCUCCCGUAUGAUACUUCUACGCCCUUGUUUCUUUUUGUGUCAUUUUACUGUGAAAUCAUCGGACCUCCCAUGUUGACAUACGUUUUAUGUCUGGAUUAAAAGUACUGUAAAAGCACCUACA